UGACCGCUUUUGUGACAAUGGCCCUAUCUGUGCCGUAUCAUCCUUAUUCGUGUUGUCUUAUCUGCGGCGAUGACGGGAUUCGUUAUGAUGAGGAAUUGACCAAAACCCAAAAGGAUCUUCAACGGUGCUCGUCGUGUCGACAGGCCAUCUAUUGUAGUCGGAGCUGUCAGAGGCAAGAUUGGCGGGUCCACAAGCGAGAAUGUGGCCUAUUACAAGAUGAGAACUCGAUCGCUUUGGCCCUCUCAGCCACGGAUCCUCGAUUUCUGACCAUCACUGAUGGAAGAUCGUUGCGAAACCAAUUGGUGGCCAACAUCUCACCCACGGAGCCUUUCAAGUUCGUGCUUCGGGAGUUGAGCCACUUUUUGCGCUUGUCCGCCAAGCAUUGGGAUCCGCAAGGAUCCAAUAAUAGUCUGAUCGUGAUCGACCGCAUGAACUUGACCGUGGAAGAGGCCCAGAUCUACCAUAACUCUGUGGAUUGGGUCCAUUUGUCGUCCAUGCUCUUUGGAACGCUCAUGGUCCACAACGUGGUGGAUCAGCAAGCUGAGGAGGCAAACAAGUUUUGCCAGAACGCUUGGUUCCAGGCCUUCAUCGUCAAUUUUGGCGAGGUCUUGGAUCGAAUCAAACUGUUUGCCAUUCUCCAAGAGAACGAUUAUGGCCAUUUCCUACCGGAUUGCGAAUUUCCCUUGAUUCAAAUGAAGGAGCCCAUCUUGGUAGGCGGCAAGUUCUUCUUCCCAUUUGGCCGGACCUUGAUCCCUAAAGGCAAGAGAUGCAUGGUUUGUCAUGACAACUUUUCCCAAAGCACUGCCAUUUCAUCCCAUGAUCCUAAUCGAACCAAAAGUGAAGAGCUCCGACAAGUCCCUCGAGAAGUCAAUUUCUUGCCGCCUCGUCCCAAUUAUCAGUUUCUCAACGAUCCUCAAGUGAACGAGAAGACCGCUCAAAGACUGAAGACUUGGCUUCACAUCGUGGCUAGAACCAAGAGGAUCCCUAAGGAGUUUGUUUGCAGCGAAGAUUGCGAGCAACAUGCUCUCUAUGGGCGUUUAUUUGAGGCCCACCCUUUGGAACGAUUAAAUAAAGACAGAUCCGAGAGUGACGAGAGUGACGUGGACGACGACAAAAACGACAAUCCCAUCGACAGAGACAAAGACGGGGGCGUCAAAGACCGAGUUGUUGUAUAAGGAGAGACAAAAACUUUACACUCUAUGAUUAUUGAUGAGAUGUUUUUGGCAAUGCCAGAGUGCUUUGCCUUUUAGAGUAUAGUACCGGUACUUUCAUCAACAUACGACAUGACUAGAGUAGUGUUAGUUUUGGCAAUAAAUUCCAUUUAUCUUCGCG